CGAUUCCUUCUGAUUUGGGUUCUCUCUUAACACUUCAAAGUCUCGAUCUUUCCAACAAUUCCUUCAAUGGGCCAUUACCGGUUUCUUUCUUUAACGCUAGAGAGCUUCGUUUCCUCGAUCUCUCUAGUAACAUGAUCUCCGGCGAAAUCCCUUCCGCAAUUGGUGAUCUUCACAAUCUUCUAACCCUAAAUCUCUCUGAUAAUGCCUUGGCGGGAAAGUUACCUGCUAAUUUGGCGUCUUUGAGAAACCUAACGGUGGUUUCUUUGGAGAAUAAUUACUUUUCCGGCGAAAUUCCCGGCGGUUGGAGAGUUGUUGAGUUCUUAGACCUGUCGUCGAAUCUGAUCAAUGGCUCGCUACCACCUGAUUUUGGCGGAGAUAGUCUCCGCUACUUGAACGUCUCGUUUAAUCAAAUCUCCGGCGAAAUUCCACCGGAGAUUGGAGCUAAUUUCCCAAGAAACGUCACCGUUGAUCUCUCCUUCAAUAAUUUAACCGGUCCAAUACCAGAUUCUCCGGUUUUCUUUAACCAGGAAUCAAAUUUCUUUUCAGGAAACCCGGGUCUAUGCGGCGACCCGACCCGAAACCCGUGUCUUAUCCCUUCUUCGCCGUCAAUCGCCUCCGACGCCGACGUACCGACGUCUACACCGGCAAUCGCCGCCAUACCGAACACAAUCGGUUCAAACCCGGUUACCGAUCCAAAUUCACAACAAACCGAACCAAAUCCCCGAACCGGGUUGCAACCCGGAGUUAUAAUAGGGAUCGUAGUCGGAGAUAUCGCCGGAAUCGGAAUCCUCGCCGUGAUUUUCCUCUAUAUCUACAGAUGCAAGAAGAACAAGACCGUAGAUUACGACAGCAACAAACAGAGACAAGAAACAGACACAACAAUUACGCUAUCAACAUUUUCAUCUUCUUCUUCUUCACCAGAAGAAUCAAGAAGAUUCAAGAAAUGGUCGUGUCUACGAAAAGAUCCUGAAACGACGCCGUCUGAAGAAGAUGAUGAUGAUGAAGACGAAGAAAGCGGUUACAAUGCAAGUCAACGGUCAGGAUAUAACAAGUUAGUGACCGUUGAUGGAGAGAAGGAGAUGGAGAUUGAGACUCUGCUUAAGGCGUCAGCUUAUAUUUUAGGAGCCACUGGUUCGAGUAUAAUGUAUAAAGCCGUUCUUGAAGACGGAAGGGUUUUCGCGGUUCGUCGGCUCGGUGAAAACGGUUUGAAUCAGCGCCGGUUUAAGGAUUUUGAGUCGCAUAUUCGAGCCAUUGGGAAAUUGGUUCACCCGAAUUUGGUUAGACUUUGUGGGUUCUAUUGGGGUACCGACGAGAAAUUAGUCAUUUACGAUUUUGUCCCUAACGGCAGCCUCGUGAACCCCCGUUACCGAAAAGGAGGAGGGUCUUCUUCACCGUAUCACCUACCAUGGGAAACUCGGCUCAAGAUAGCAAAGGGCAUUGCACGUGGGCUGUCUUAUCUCCACGAGAAGAAGCAUGUGCAUGGAAACUUGAAGCCUAGUAACAUACUUUUGGGCCACGAUAUGGAGCCCAAAAUAGGCGAUUUCGGACUCGAAAGGCUUCUCACAGGCGAAACGAGCUACAUCCGAGCUGGUGGAUCUUCUCGGAUUUUUAGUAGUAAGCGUUACACAACUUCAUCGCGAGAAUUCUCGUCUAUGGGGCCUACACCAAGCCCGAGUCCGAGCUCGGUGGGGCCAAUGUCACCCUACUGUGCACCAGAGUCUCUCCGAAGCCUAAAACCGAGUCCGAAAUGGGACGUUUACGGCUUUGGAGUGAUCCUUCUCGAGCUUCUCACGGGAAAGAUUGUGUCUGUUGAAGAGAUUGUGCUAGGAAAUGGACUGACGGUUGAGGACGGGCACCGCGCAAUGAGAAUGGUUGAUGUGGCUAUCCGCAGCGAGUUAGAUGGCAAACAAGAGUUUUUACUCGAUUGUUUCAAGUUAGGCUAUAGCUGUGCAUCUCCUGUGCCUCAAAAGAGGCCAACGAUGAAAGAAUCUUUGGCAGUUCUUGAAAGAUUCCAUCCUAACCCCUCUGUUAUUAAGUCUUCAUCGUUCCAUUACGGACAUUAAUUAUCAGUUUGAUACAACUAGUUAGUCAAUUUGAUUUUAUUGCUAACUUGUUUCGUUGUAUAAAAAUUUGUAUUUCCUGUUUUUGUUUACGAUUCCCAACAGUAAUAAUCUUUUUCAUUGAAG